UGCAGUGCCUUGAGCUGAAUCGCAUAGAAAGACGUCGGGCAUACUCGAUAGUAGCUUUGUUCUCUUUCUGUUUUUUUUGGUGGGGAUUUCGUGUGGCAGCAACAGCACAAUUCCGAAUUCCUUAAACAGUUUGCAGUUGGCCAACGCUAGCGCCAGAACGUGUUCGCUUAACACGCAGUUCGCUGUCAAUAUAACGUAAUAUUUUUCAAAAUUGUUGUCCCUACAAAUUUUGGCAAAGAAUCAAAGUCAACUCGAAGACAUCGCAAAAGUCGCGUGUGUUUCCCAAAAAAAAAAAUAAAUAAAUAAAUAAGUUGAAGAGCGGAAGAAAAUGCCAAGUGUGAAUAUGUUUAACCAUCUGUGUCUGAUGAGGGCGUCAUCUAUUUUGCUGCUAUUACAGCUCAUUAGCUGUAUAUCAAUGGGCGCAGCCAUAAAAUGCUAUGUUUGCGAUUCCAGCGACAAUCCCAGCUGCGCUGAUCUCAGCUCCAAUUCAAGCAUUGAGUCAGUGAACUGCACGCUGCAACAAAUGAAAUCACUGGACACCUGGCUGUUUGAUUUGAACAAAGUGGCAUUCUUUAACAACGGAGCCAACAAGGAUCCGAUAAUGAAUUGUCAAAAGGUUGUGGCUCGUGAUCCUCAUACUCAUAAGUUGGUCACAGCACGCUUUUGUCAACUGGACACUGCAGAUUCGGAUGCUUGCGAAAUUCUACGCCACAAGCUGAGCAUACCCAAGGACGGGAAUCGCGAGCAACGGCGUCCAGAGCGGGAUCAACAGCAGCAGCAACGACGCAAGGGCUAUGGACAGGACGAUGGGCAGGAUGUAUCACCGGCGGAUGAGUUCUUCUGUGACAUUUGCAAAGAGAACAAUUGCAAUGGAGCUGAUGCUGUAACGUUGACAACAUACACAGCAAUCGCCGGAAUGUUUGUAUUGCAACAGCUGUUGACAGGGCCACUGUUGGGCUGCUGAAGCGGGGCGGUGGAGGUGGAGGUGAAAAUACGCUGGUUGCAUUUAGGUUGAGUUACCUUUAACGUUUAUCGUUUACUUUGUAAAUAUUCGAGUGCCCAUUGAACGACAUCGUUGGUUUGUACAACAUCGAGAAGCCAUCACACCAAUUCCCAAAGAGGAACUAAAAAAAAACAAAAACGAAUAAAACAACCCUCCAAAGCCACCCAAAAAAAAGUCCUAGACAUGUAAGUGACAGCAAGCACAGAUACAAAGCACAAAUGCACAGAUACCGAUAUCGAUACACAAAGCUACAGCUACUAAAAGAUGCAGAUACAGCGACAACUGCAAUUCAUUGACACACACACACAAAGCAAAUAGGCGAAUUUCAAUUAGCAGGCAAAAAGAAAUGUGCAAAAAACAGAAAUCAAAAGGCUAAAAAUGUUUGUGGCAAAAUGGGCCAACGAGCACCCUCCCAACUGAGUAACCCUGAGUACUCGUAUAUCAAGGAUUUGCAAUUCAGUUUGCUUCAAUGUUAAAUACCGAGACACAUUUUCUCAAGUUCUCAAGUUCCUCUGAGCUUGGAAUCGAAAAUGAUGAAAAGAUGAGCAAGAUAAUAUAUACAAAAUAAUAUAAUAUAAUAUAUACACAAAAAAGAGAAUCAAAUGAUUGUUAUGGCUUUAUUAAGUUGUAAUUGGUUUGCACUAAGCAAAUGUUGAUGAGCUGAAUGUUAAGUCAUAAAUUCACGAAAUGCCUUUAAUUUUCUAUUGUUCACAUUGCAAAACGUAUGGAAAUAUAUACUUAAAUAUUUAUAUAUGUGUAUGUAUAUGUAAAAGUCAAUAUGAAUGUCGUAUGACACCAUGAAAUAACUAACAAGAGCAUAAAUUCGAUAUAAAAAAAGGUAAUUUUUAUUUACAUAUUUAAUUUGUUAUUUCAUAAGAAUUUUUGGAAUAAGUUUCGCCAUUCCACUUGUAGUUAUUUCAUGGAAUCAUAUCUUUUAUAUGGACUCGUAUGUGUAUUUUUAGGUAGAUACAACAUAAUUAGAUUCGCAAUAUGUGUGAAUAUUGUUGCAGAUCAUACAGAUGGUUUAUAUUUUUGUUAUAUAUAAUCGAAAAGCAAGAAAAAACCAAAUUGCAAUAAUUUUGAAAAUGUUACAAUAAAAUAUUACGAAUGGAAUAUCGAAAGCAAAUGGGGAAACGAAAGUAAAUGUAUAGCAAAUUUAAUGAUAUGAUAGGUGUUUCAAUGUUUCAACAAUGAUAACUAAAGUCAGCGCCUUAAGCAUGCAAAAAAACAGAAAAAAAAAGAAUUACAAAAAAUAUUCAAAAUAUACUAACAAAAUUUACAUGGAAUUUGUAUGAUUUUCAAAUACGCAAAAACAAUCAAAACCAAAGCAAGAAAACAAAAAGCAAAAGUGUGAAAACAAAUGUUAAUUAAAUGUGCAAUUAGAAAAGUUGAACAAAGCAAUAAUAAAAUUAAAAGAAAUACAAAACAAAAAUAACAGAGCGAGCUUAAUAAUGUGCUUACUGUAAAGUCCACGCCCACAAAAAAAAAAAAAAAACAAAAAACAAA